AUGAACUCGACGGAAGCAAGCCUCGACGUCAACAGAUCAACACCUAUAUACUCUAUAGGAACGAGUUUCAUAACGCAAUGGAAACUACAGAAGUUGAAACAACGUUCAUGCAUCGGCAGUCAAUGUCAAGGUUACUUCAUCAGCAACAUCUCCAACUACACCGACGUCUACUUUUACAAUAGUACUUCGGAUGACACUAUUGAUUUGCAACCCGUCUUACCGCCGUUUCCCCUCUGGCUCGCUGUCAUCAUCGCAACGUGUCUGGUGUUGGUUAUCCUACUGACUGUAAGCGGGAAUGUGCUAGUACUUCUCGCUUUUCUGGUAGACAGAACGAUACGCCAGCCAAGCAACUACUUCAUCGCCUCACUUGCUGCCACUGACCUUUUAAUAGGUACAUUAUCUCUUCCUUUUUACACAGAUUACGUAUUGAAAGGGUAUUGGCAUUUAGGACCUUUGUUGUGUGACCUUUGGCUAUCCGUGGAUUAUACAGUAUGCUUGGUAUCACAAUACACUGUCUUGCUUAUAACCGUCGAUCGAUUUUGUAGUGUUAAAAUAGCUGCGAGAUAUAGAGCUUGGAGAACAAAGAAUCGUGUAAUAUGGAUGGUCACAGUGACUUGGAUAAUACCAGCCUUGCUAUUUUUUACAACAAUAUUUGGAUGGGAACAUUUUGUCGGUUAUAGAGAUCUGCAAGAAGGAAUUUUUAAAACAGCGUACGAUAUGCAGAAGAAAAGUGAAGCUAAGCAAAGAAAAAUGCAAUCGAUGGUCGCUUUAAGUGCUGGAGUGAUGACUGGUAUGGCCGGAAGAGCUGCUGGAAUGGCAACUUUAUCUAAAGCUACUAUAUCUAGUGAAGAUCAAAUCAAAGCAUCAGAUUCGAUACGAAAAGAUUCUACGUCUAAAGGUUCUCUAGCAGCUCCCUUACUAAAUUUAGGUGGUUCAACGGAUUCUAAUUCUAGUCAAAAGUCAUCUGCUCAAAAAAGUAGUGUUACUGCAACUGGAACGUCUACAACCGUCGAAUCUAAUGGCGAUAAAAAAGAAGAUCAAGUAGAAGCAGAAAGAUCAAGUAGUCCAGCAUUCGACUCUGAUGAUGAAAGCACAACACAAUCCAACGUAAAGAAACGACCAUCUGUCGCCAACUUAGUUAUGCAAACAGGUGCAUUACAAUUACUUAAUAAUAUGCGAUUAAAUGGUAGCAUGCUUAUGAAACCAGAUAUUAAGCCAUCUCCUUUAUUAAAGCCCGAUACAGAUAAACCAAAACCAUCGCUAUCACAAAUAUCAGAGAAGAGCCUUCUUGAUACAGAAAACCCUGAUACCUCGCAGAAUUAUGGACAAACGCCAGCAGUAAGUGUUCUCCUAUCUUCCGUAAGCUUUUUAUCCCCUUCAUCGUCGGGGAUUACUACGCCGUCAGAAAGAGAAGUAUCGACUACAAUCGCUCAAAGAAUCAUCCCUCCUCCAUCAGAAUUUAGGGGUAGUCCACCCGUAUCUGAAAGUCCACCAUCUCAAUCAGAAUCAACUAGUAGAGCUAAAAUUUUUAAAUUAUUAAAAUGUGAUGGUACUAAUUCUGAUGUGCUAUCAGGAUUGGAUGGCGCCGACUUGAGGUAUAUGGAUGAGAGUUCUAUCAUUGUUCCUUCACCCACAAACGAAAGCCCUCCAUCUUCAAUCACAUUUCCAACAGCUACAGAACCAUCAUCCCCUCCUACAUACAAUUCGGGUAAUAUAACAAAUACUUCCUUAUUACAGGCUGCUCUCAUACGAGCAACAGCUGAAGCUCAAGUAACACAACCCAAAACAAAUUUAUCUCCUCCAUCACCUAUAAAAGUUAACACUGAGGUAAGUUUGACAACAGGAGAGCGUCCAAAACCCAUUAUAACCCUUGUAUCUUCGUCUUCCAAUAAUAAUGAGGCUCAAACAGUAAAAUCACCCGAAAAUAAAACCUCUAAAUUAAUGUUAAACGAAACGCCAGCUAUUGAAAAUAGUGAAAUUUCCAGUCCAGCCGUAAGCGGACCGGGUCGCGGAGAUUCUAGGAAAGACUUUGUUAAAAAUAUAGGCAAAAAAUUAAAAGUUAAACGAUCAAAGCGAGACGGAUUAUUUCCUAGUAUCGGCCGACAAAAGUCUAAAUCAGAAAAUAGAGCCAGGAAAGCAUUUCGGACGAUUUCAUUUAUAUUAGGCGCGUUCGUUGUUUGUUGGACUCCAUAUCAUAUAUUAGCUUUAGUUGAAGGUUUUUGUAGAGAUCCUCCGUGUAUCAAUCAACACCUGUAUAUGUUUUCGUAUUUCUUAUGCUACGCCAAUAGCCCCAUUAACCCCUUUUGCUAUGCGUUAGCAAAUCAACAGUUCAAAAAGACUUUCACGAGACUUCUACGGGGUGAUUUUCACGUUACCUAG